AUGUUAUCCCGUUCAUCAUCAUUUACUUCAUCUUGUACGGAAUCUAUAAAUGAUAAUUCAAAAUCAACAGGAAAUUUUCGUCAUCAUGAAUCAUUACAAAAUCUUCAACAAUUUCAAAGACAAAAUCGUUCUAUACUUUCACGUCCAUUAAAUAUUAAAAAUAAUAAUCAAACUAAUUUACCCAUUAUAUCUCAAAAUAUAAAACGAACAACAAAUACAAUUCUUAUCCCAACAGAAAAUUUACUAAUAAAUUGUUUAAAUAAUGAUAAAAAAUAUGAACAAAAAAUUGAUACAAUGAAACGUACAAUUAUACAAGAUGAUUUAGAAAAUAUUCAAGAACGUUUAAAUGAUAUGCUUAUAUCUGUUCAUCCAGGAAAUAAUAAUGAUACAUUAUUAAUACAAACAGAACCAACAUCAACAACACAAUAUUUUACACCAAAAAUUUCAAUUGAUGAAAAUGGAAAGAAAAAACAAAAUGAACAUGAUAAUCAAUCAAUUAAUGAUGAUGAUGAUGAUAAUGAGGAUGAUGAACUUUAUCCUGUAAAUAAUGAAAUGCAAUCAGCGACACAUCCAUUUUUUGAUAUUUUAUCAACGACAUCAUAUGAACAAGAAGUUAUGAAAUAUUUACUUAGUUUAGAAGAACGUUUUAUAAAUGAAAAUGAAAAAUUACGUUCAAUGAAACGUCAUCGUGAAUUAACAAAUAAUUUAAAACCAAUUCAAGGUAUAGCAAUAUCAGGUAGUAAUUCAACGGUUUUAAUUACACCUAAAGUUCGAUGUAAACUUAUUGAUUGGAUUAUUUCUGUACAUGAUUAUCAUCGAUUAAAUGCAGCUAUACUUUGUCGAACUAUUCAUUUGAUUGAUAGGAUUUUACUUUUAAAUGAUCAAAUGACAAAACUCGAUUUACAACUUCGAGCUGUUAAUUGCUUCACAAUUGCAUGUAAACUUGAAUCACGUCGUGUACCUGAUACUAAUUCUUUAUUAUCUUUAUUCGAUGCUCGACAUCAUGUUACUCCUCUUCUUUUAAAUCAAGGUGAAAAACAAUUAUUAACACAACUUGAUUUUGAACUUGAAUAUCCAUUAGCAAUACAUUUUCUUUGUUAUUAUCUUCGUUUUUUACCAUUUCAUUUUAUUGUUUAUUCAUUAUCAAAAUAUAUGAUUGAAUGUGUUCUAUGUGAUGAUAUUUUAUCAGAGCAAAUGCCCGGUUCAUUGUUAGCUGCUGCAGUUUUACUCUUAGCAUUAAAAUUUACACGUCAAUUAGAUAAACCACAAAUAGUUAAACGUUUUUAUAAACAUCAACCAUAUAAACGUGAAGAAUUAGAUAAACGUGCAGAACAAAUUCUUAAACUUAUGCAAAAUGUACCACGAUCUUUAUAUCAUACAAAUGUACGUGAAAAAUAUAAACGAAAUGAAUUUGAUCGUGUUGCUAAUUAUCAAUAUAGUAAUGAUCUUGGUAAAUAA